CUCAGCCCCCUUGCGGUGACUCCAUUUUGUGCGAGUGGGCGAAAUUGCUGCUUCUAUUUCCGGGUUGGCGGAAAGCGGCGGAGACCGGAAAUCGGAGGCGACAGCGGAGAGAGGGUUUUGCGUGCAGCCCUCCUCCACCCCUUUUCAGGGGCUGGCCAGAGGAACAAGGAAGAGCUUCAGUCUAUCGGCAGGAUGCCCAUCCCACCACCACCCCCCCCACCUCCGGGGCCACCUCCGCCACCAACCUUUGCUCAGGCUAACACGGAACCCCCCAAACUGAGAAAAGAUGAGCAGAAGGGCAGAGGUGCUUUGCUCAGCGACAUUUGCAAGGGAACCAGGCUGAAGAAAACAACAGGGGUUAAUGAUAGGAGUGCCCCAGUACUGGAGACACCUAAAGGUGGGGGUGGAGGAGGAGGUGGUCCUGGUUUUGGACCCACCCCAGGAAUGGCUUUGCAGCCCAAAGGAGGCCUUUUUGCAGGAGGAGUCCCCAAGUUGCGAGCUGUGGGGACUAAGGAUAGUCCAGAAGGCCGCUCAUCUGCUCCUGUUGCUCGUUCAGCAGCACCCCGGCCCCCGGUGUCAGGAGGAAGGCCCCAGGAUGACACAGACGGUAGUAGCCGCUCUUCACCACCAGAAGUGGGACGUGCCCAUCGGCCAUCCCUGCCAGACCUCUCUCGUCCUCCCAGUUCCACCAGCUCGGGCAUGAAGCACAGUUCAUCUGCUCCUCCCCCACCACCACCUGGACGAAGACAGGCUGGUGCUCCUCCUGCACCCUCCCAAAAUGCCAAACCUUACAACAGAGAGAAACCUCUACCCCCAACUCCAGGGCACCGUGCACCUGCUGCACCCCCAGUGAAGCCUCCACCUUCUCCACUUAACGCACGUGCCCCCGGCACACAAAGCCAGCCACCGCCACCUCCUCCAUACAGGCAACCCCCUUCUUCCCUUAAUGGACCGCCUAGUCCCAUAAAUGAGCCUGCACCAGUGUUACCCCAGAGGCACAACUCACUUCAUAGGAAAACUGCUGGACCUGUGAGAGGACUAGCACCCCCACCUCCACAAUCAGCCAAUUUAUCUCCUGGGGGCAACAGACCACCUCCGCCAGCUAGAGAUCCCCCAGGCAGAGGAGCAGCUCCUCCGCCACCCCCACCUAUAGUGCGUAAUGGAGGCCGGGAUGCACCACCACCUCCACCACCCCCUUACAGAAUGCAUUGCAUCUCUGAGAGCUCCCAGAACAGGGCCAAGCCUCCUCCGCCUCCAUCUCGGACCCCCUCAGGACCACCACCGCCACCUCCUCCUGUCAGGAAUGGAAUGUUAAAUACCUGGAAAGAUGAUUUUGAAGCAAAAUAUUCCUUUCAUUCCGUGGAUGAUUUUCCCGCCCCUGAAGACUACAGACCCUUCCAGAAAGUCUAUCCAAGCAAAACCAUCAGAGCCACGCGUGGAGCCCCUCCUCUUCCUCCUAUCCCGAGGUGAAAAUUGUCACGAUGCCUGUACCCUGAUCCCUUGCCUUGUCCUUCCUUUUACCGGCUCAUUCCUUCGGGGCCGUUUCAGCAUGAAGACACUUUGGUUCAGGAACAAGAGGAUCCAGGAUACACCUUCCUGCCUGUCUAUGCAUUCCUCACCCCCAUCUCCGCCUCUAGCUCCUCACCACUCCUUGCACGCGAGGGGAUGUCACGCGGCUCAUACUCAAGGCUCUAACUGGCAAGUGGGACAUGUAAAGCCAGCAUCUGGACAUGUUGCAUUAGACAUUUUCCUUCUAAUAUUAAUCUACGUUAGACUUAACAAAUCAUUAAUUUCAGUAAUUCCAGGAGAAUGUGGGUGAUAUAACACUAGUAAUGGGUUUGCGAAACUCCACAGAUGUAGCCCACUGUGCAGGCUGAACUGGAGAGAGUCAGCUUAUACUUUAUAGGAAAACAAUAUGGAGACUUAUAUUGCUCUGGAUGGGUGGAGGUGCCAACUGUAACACGCUGCUACCCCCUUCUAGGCUGCAUUCUUCCCAUGGUGCACUUUCGGACUGUUACCUAUAGAAAAGGUGCAAAUAAAACAAGUCAUUAGAAUGGAACAAUGACCCCUGCCCCAUUUUGGACUUUUUUGGGAGCAGUUUCAUGCAGGCCUUGCCGAAUCUCACAAGCUUCUGCUAAGUACACCCUUGUCACGGUGUGUUUUGGAGAAAGAGGGAAGGAAAGGGGAAUAAUGCCUGUUGCAGGAUUUGGCCUCUGGACAUGGAGGUGAUUCUUAGCAGUUAUGUAGUAAGGUGAGAAUAUUUCCAUGCAGGGCGCUUGGGUUUGUAUAUCGAUUAAGGUGAUGGUGAUAACCGGUUUGGGACUAUCCUUGUACUUUAUUGACUUUCUAUGCAGAAUAUAUAGGUCUGAGAUGAGGGCUGUUCCAUAGGUGGUAAAGAGGCUUCAGGGUAGUAGCCAUAUUUACUCCUGGAUACUCCUUGCUUUCUAUUGGCAACUUUUAUUCCUCAUCUCUCCUUCCUUUCCCUAAUCCUUCACGCCUUCCUGUUUCUCCUGUUUCCUACAUCAUUCCUAUAACGCACUGCAGAAUGUCUAUACAAGAAGCGCACUGUGCAAAGGGGAAGCAAAGCUAAAAUACCCGCCCGCCACAAUGGACACUAAUGUUAAACUAUAUUUUUGUGUGAAAGACAAUGUCGCAGUGUUCACAUGUGUGGAAUCAUUUCCAUUCACUUGCAUACACUAAUGGAUGCCAUUGCCUGCUCUGGUUUUGGAAGGUUGGGGGGGGGGAAUCGCUAUCCCCCUGUGCUCCGAUAUGAAAGGAAAUGGGAGAUUUCCCUCAGCCUGCCAAAAUACAUCUGGAAAUUGGCCUGUGAAUACUUCAGCAUUAUCUUUUGGGAUACUUUUGACUAUUUUUGUGCCCCUUUAAUAAAGGUAUGUAAGGUUUGUCUAAUUUUAGGCAUGUACAGUACUUUUUUUUUUUUUUUCUCUUUUUUUUUUAAAAGGUCACCAUUAGUUUUUUUUUGUAUAUAAAAUAUUCUGCGAAAUUAUAUAAUUUGUACAUCUUGUCUAUAACUCUCGAUGUCAUCAAUGAGCCAUUGCCCUGAGCUGGCGAUAAGUGUCAGGUAACACUAAUGUCUAGUUUUGGCUCUCACUGGAGUACGAAAUUAGCUUUCUCUGUUUCUUUUGCUCUCAUUUACGUGUAAAGGGUAAUGUAAUAAAAAGCAAAACGUUUGCACCUA